AGCUAAUCGAAGUGGUUCAGUCCGUGUUUUACAAUUUGCCAGAGAACAACAACCCCGUUUUAAUUCGGUGAAUAUUCUUCACGACGCUCUCUCAUUUCUCUUCAAUGACUUAAAAAGGACAUAAAGACACAAAAAAGUCGUCCAAAAGCUGCAGAAGAUUUAGGAACAGAUAAAGUAGUUAAACGUGCGAUGAAAACAUUCUUUUGUAAUCGAAGGUAGAGUUGAGCAGCGGUGAAGAGAAAAGCCGGCGAGUAUUUCCAGUCAGAAAUCACCGGGCUCGCGACAGUGAAGCGCGUGUCCGAGCGCAGGAGACGCGCAGAUCCGCGUCCGUCAGAACCGCACCUGAUCUGAGGCAACACCGUAACAUAAAGGUCCUGUGAACUCAUGAUGCUGUAGACACCAGGAGCUAAAUCUCUAAAGGAUGGAGAUCAGGAUGUUGCCUAGAAUACACAAUCUUGUAUUUAUUUGUACUGUGUAAGUAUAAAGAAUUGCUUGACCUUCAUCUGAAUGGUCUGAACCAGGAUGGCCAAGCCGUUCUACAGACUUCAGCACUUUUUAAGGCGGGCUCAGUUGCUUCUGUUUUUUCUGGGUGUGGCUUACAUCAUGGCAGGAAGCGUGUUACUGCUUCAGCGCUCCAGUGUGCUAACAUUUCAGAGAGAAACGGAUACAGCGGCGCUACCUUCACAACCAGCGCCAUCUAGAUCCCUGGAGCUACCUGCUGCCAGGUGGUUGUACAGAAGGAAAGCCAUCCAAGUGAUGGAGAACCAACCUCUUGAUCAGACAGACAGCAGAAAGGACCAAAACCACUUGAUCUCUCGUAAUCUGGAGAUCAGGCAUUUGAGACACCACUGGUUCCAUGACGAUACAGAACAGAAAAGCUCUUCUGAACAUAAUCUGUCACACAAGAAAGCCAGACACAAAGGGACCUACGUCGGAUGUUUUAUAAACAAUGAAACGGAGCACGCACUCGGCGGGACCAUUCUUUAUGAUUUCCGCAAAAUGACCAGCGCCUUGUGUCAGGACACCUGCUCUGAGAGUGGGUUCCGGUAUGCUGGGCUGGAGUAUGGAGCGGAGUGUCACUGUGGAAAUCGGGUCUGUGCCCGCCGCGCUCGGGGUGAAGACUGUAAUCUGGAUUGCCGUGGAGAGAAGGGAUCCCGCUGUGGAGGUGUGGGACGCAUGUCUGUUUACAGAGUUGAGGAUCAACAUCCAGGACAGAGGAGAUACAGAACUGUGCACUACCACGGCUGUUACAAGAAGCCACAGAACUCUACCGCUGACUUCCUGUUCCAGACCCCUGGCCCGACACACACGCCUCAGCAGUGUAUCGAGACCUGUACAGAUCAGGACCUGCCAUUGGCCUUUCUGAGAGGGCAGGACUGUUUCUGCAGCCAUGUCCCAUUUCUCUUCACGAUCCAGAUGAGUGAACAGGAAUACAUGUGUGAGAAGAGCAACCAAACAAACCAUAGCUCUCCUUAUGACCUCGACUACUACUGGGUGUACAGCACUCCUGUGCUAGAUGCAGCGUGCAAAGAAAGGACAUUUCUGCCCCAGAAGUCGAGCACUCUUGUAGCCCUUUCCAGCUUUCCAGGGGCAGGAAACACCUGGGUACGUCACCUGAUUGAACUCGCAACUGGAUUCUACACCGGCAGCUAUUACUUCGAUGGAUCUCUGUACAACAAAGGUUUUAAAGGAGAGAAGGAUUACUGGCAGAGCGGGAGAGUCAUCUGCGUCAAGACUCAUGAAAGCGGCCAGCGAGAGAUCGAAAUGUUCAACUCGGCCAUCCUGCUGAUGAGAAACCCCUAUCGUUCUCUAAUGGCAGAGUUCAACCGCAAGUGUGCCGGACACCUGGGCUACGCGUCAGAUGUUCACUGGAGGAGCAAAGAGUGGUCAGAGUUUGUGGACAGCUAUUCGUCCUGGUGGGUGUCUCACGCUCUCUCCUGGUUGCGGUUUGCCCACUGUCUGCUGGUGGUACACUUUGAAAAUCUCCAAAAAGAUCUAACCUCUCAGUUAAAGACCAUCACCGCUUUCCUGAACACCAGCAUUCCUGAGGAAAGACUUCUGUGCACAGAGAGCAACAGAGACGGCCAUUUUAAACGCUCUGGAUCACGCAGCCUGACCUUUGACCCCUUCACCCCAGAAAUGAGAGCUCGUAUAGAUGAAUACAUCCGCACAGUUGAUAAAGCUCUCAGAGAUAGAAACCUCGAUGGCCUACCACAGGAGUACAUGCCCAGGUGAGAAUUCGUGAAUGCAGGUGGUGCCCUCUGCUGGAGGGAGGACACAGAAACACAAAGUGCCUGAGUAAAACACAACUGCUGUCUGUCAUUUUAUUUGUGCUUUAUGUUUGUGGUUGUGUUGUCACCAGUUUGAUGGCAUUGUGAUGACUUUGUCUAGUCAGUACGUUUUAUCAUUAAACCAAUCAAUUCUCAUAGUAUCAGUUUCAGUCCAUUUUAAUAUUAUCCUUAAGUAGAUUACACUACCCUAAAGCAUUUCAGGUGCCUUUAUACUUAAAAUCCAAAGUGUUUUUAAUUUGAAACCGUGUUUCUGAUGUGCAUUUGGCAUCUCAGGGUCAAAGCGUCUUGAGUGGACAAAGAUGCAUUCAUUCCAGAGAGAUGAAUCAGGGAAAAAUGUUUCCUCGUGAUCAAUCUUGUUCUUGUGUGUUUGUGUCCUUCUGUUAUUUUAUUACUACAAUGAAUCAAAAGCAUAAAUCUGAAGGCUUACAGCAUGGGCAUGAUCUUAAUUAGUGAACCUCAGAUAGAUAAAAAUCGACCAAGAAAGAGCCCUACAUAAGGGCUGGACAUUCAUUUGUACACAAAACCACAGUCAUUAAAAGAGAAAAUACCAUUUUCAGCAGGGCUUUGACUGGAUAAUGCAUCUUUUGAUGAACUACUACUACUCUUCUUUCUCCAAAGUGGCAAUUAAGAGGACUAACAUUUGAAAAAUGUUUCAUUUUGCAGGCUACUAAAGGAUGGUAGCAUGCUGUGAUGUUUCUAAAAUUUUACAUAAUUAGUUGGUACAUUAGUCCUUUAGAUUUGAGUGCUUCAGAAAUGAUAAUUAGUGCUUAAUGUCACUGGAGGCUGAAACAAAAAUGCUGCGCCUGCAGAAUUACUCGGUGCAUGACAGGUUUUUCAAAUGACAGGCUGUAACCACUAGCUACACUUAAAGGCAAACCUAAAAAUCUGUUCACAGAGGACCGGCAUGCUCAUGAUCUUUGUAAACAUACCAGAUGAUUCUUUUUGUUCUCAAAGUUGCAAACCUAGCAUCUUGAUUAAGCUACAUACAAAUGCUAUAAUCAGUUAAAUAGAAGAAUUAUUGCCAUGAUUAUUGAAUUUUUUUUUUUAUAAAAAGCUGUACAUUUAACAUGUAACAGGUUUUGAAAACUGAAAAUCACAAACAGAAUUAUAAAAUGUGCAACCCAUCUUAAAAACAGAUGAGAGUGCAAUUUUAACAACUGGUACUGAUGCAACAUCUUAUUUCAUCGUCUGGAUCUGAGUCAUAUAUUGAGAAAAAACAACUCCAUGAACCUGAAGUUCACUGAGUUGAGAAGGACUUUUUCUUGGCUCUCUAUUAGCAGCUCAACAGUUCAAUGCAUAAAAGAACAGCAGUCAUUUAAACUGUAGCAGAACAUCCAGCUUUCAUUCACAGAAGCACUUCAAUCACAAAGCUCAGUCAAACAAUAAAAAUAAAGCUUUUUUUUUAUAACUAUUAUUAAUAGCAUCUAUCUAUCUAUUAAUCAUUUAAAUUAUUGAAAUUAUUUGAAAACAUGUUAUGUUUAAAAAUGACCAUUUGUUUACAAAAUAUAUGCAAGCGUACUGUGCACGCAUAUAUUUUGUAUAUACAUUUA